CGGGGGGCGGCAGGUGUCGAUGCAGUACAACCCCGGCUGGAAUGACUCCUCCGUCAACCUGCUUCACGUGCGGGCGGCGGGACCCGCCGACACCCUGCACUACGUCUGGAGCAGCAUCGGGGCCCCCGCGGUGCUGCUGGUGGCCACGGGCAGCGGGAGCAGCGUCCUGCGCGUCAACUGGACCCGGCUGCUCUCCCCGGCUCCUGCCGGCGCCAUCUGGAUCGACCCCCCCAGCAGCGUCGUCUACUCGGCUGCCGUCGUCUUCACCAAGGUGUUCGAGUACAGCGAGGCCAAGGCGCUGGAGGAGCAAUUCUACCCCACCUACGACCUGUCGGGCUUUUCCUGGGACAGCGUCAACCACACCCUGAACCACACGGCCCUGACGGCCGAGUUCUCCGGGGUCCCGGCCACCGACCCCGGCGGCAGCUUCUCCAACGGCAGCGUGGGGUUCCGGGUGACAGCCUACGAGGCCGGUGGCCGUGACAAGCCCCUGCCCAGCCUCCUGCACACGGCGAACAGCUCGAAAGUGGAGUUUGUCCUGGCGGGGGUGGCUCCGCGGGGCAACGGCUCCCGCUUCGCGCUGGAGGUGGCCACGGUGGAGGAGACGGGGGUGGUGCAGGAGCUGCGCUCUGCGCGCUCCAUCGACGACGAGUACACUCCCACCAUCUUCGAGAUGCUCUCCCUGGUAGCCCAGUCCCAAAACGACAGCUCCACGCGCAGCUUCCUGCAGUGGAAGGCGACGGCCUACGGCUCCCGCAGCCCCCGGCGCGAAGACAACAUCCAGUGCCGGUCUGGUGCCCUCCAGGUGGCCAACUGGACCCUGCCCGCGUCCAGCAUCCUCCGUGCCUACUUCGGGGAGGGUGUGGGCAGCUCCUACAGCGUCAGCGCCAUCAACAUCUCCUUCGGGGGAGAGGACGGGGAGGUUUACCAGGAGAAGCGCUACCUCAGCUGGUCAGCGCUGCUGGGCUUCGGGCAGCCCCCCAGGGACACCUUCUCCCCCCUGGUCAUCUCCAUCAUGGCUGUGGCCCUGGGCACCCCCAUGGCCAUGCUGCUGGUGGGCGGCUGCGUGCUCCUCUUUGCCCAGAGGAAACGCUACUCCGAGUACGAGCCCAUCAACUGAGAGGGACAGUCCCUGGAGAGACCCAACCCCAGGACCCUUCUUGUCACCGGGAAAGGAUGGUGGCUGCUGCAGGGGCUCCUGCAGUGUCCUCUCUGUCCCCCCUCCCUGCAGCCCAGGCCUGGGGGGGACCACAGCAACAUCUGCAGCAGUUGCCCCCCGUCGCGUGUCCCUCUUUCCUGCUCCCUCCUCCUGCCCAGGAUCCUGCAUCUGAGGACACUUCUUCCUCUCUUUCUUCCUGAUCCAUCCAGCCCAGGGAGGUGACUGGGGGGAGCUGCUCAGGGGGGCCUCGAGCCGCAGGAAGAUCCUCCUUCUCCCAAGGGAUAAAACCACUGUUGUCACGUCCACAGCCGAGCAGCAGCUGGGACUGGCCAUGCCCUGGACUGUGCCACCUCCAGGGUUGCUUUGGUGGCUCCAAGCCAGGAGCAGGGCUGGAGGACAGGGCUGGGGACCUUGCAGGGUGCCUUGCUGCUUCUCACUGUGCCGGGGGUGUCCCAGAACACCCCCCUCAAUCUCUCACGGACUCCUCACUCCCCAAGAGGCACUUUCUGCUGCGCUGGCCUCAGCGGGGGCUGCUGGUACAAGAGGGAAACUUGGUGCCGCUGUGCGGCGGCUGCUGGAGCUCAGGUACGUCCCGGCAGCCCGGGGCUCGCGGUGAAGUGCAGCCGUGGGCUCGGCAGGGCCGGCUCUGAGGUGCUCUCCUGGUGCUUGAAGCCACGGGGCAAGCGUGGUCUGUGGCUGUGGGGCGUUUGCAUCACUUGGGGGUGUGCUGGGUUUUGGUGUUCUCCGUCACCGACUUGUCUUUGACCAAAUAAAGUGAAUUUCUAAGAGCA